GACUUCGCCCAACGAAUCUUCAAACCGUUGCCAUUCCCACUCCCUGCUCCACCCAUGUUGGCAGUUCAACUCGUCAUCCAUCCAUCCAAACGCAUUGGACAUGAUCUAUUAAUAAGCUGGUGACCGAUAGGUAUGCUACGAAGUGCAGGUAUUGUAUUAUCAAUCGAAAAUAACGGCGAUCCAAGACCCUUGCUGUGCGACAUAGCAAAUCGAGAAUAUCCUGCCUUGCAAUUACAAGCUACCGUUUGACAACCAAGCAAGCAACACGCAAGCAAGCUCAAUCGAUCUGCUGCUCGCGAAAGCUUACUCGCAUCUCGGCUGCGUCUCUCUGUCUUGUCGUUGGGGACUCCAUUGUGAAUUUCAGACGAACGUCAGACAAGACCAGACAAGACUUAAUGUUUGCAACAGACUCGCGCAUUGGUGACCAGUUAGCCUAUAUAGGCAAUCGAAAUGGCUACGAGUGAGUCUGCCACCAUGUCGCGGCUGCAAACAGGAGGGAAUAUUACCGAUGGCGGGGAGAAAGUGGCAGAGAAGAAGAGAGAGGCAAAGAAUUAUAGAGGAUUUGUGGCGGGUGUGUUUUCGGGAGUUUCGAAGCUUACUGUUGGACAUCCAUUCGACACCAUAAAAGUCCGUCUCCAAACCUCCACAUCAUCCCAAUUCAACGGACCACUCCAAUGUCUUCUCCUCACCAUCCGCAACGAAGGCUUCACCGGUCUCUACAAAGGUGCCACUCCCCCUUUAGUAGGCUGGAUGUUCAUGGAUAGCAUAAUGCUCGGGUCCCUAACCUUCUACCGCAAACUCCUCCACCAAACCCUCUUUUCCCCCUCCCGCAUGGCCGCCACCCCAUCAAGUCUUGCGCGUCCCGAUAAUUCUCUGACACCCUCUCAAAUCCACAAACUGCCCACUAUAGGCCACGCCCUCGCCGGUGUCAUGGCAGGCGCAACCGUAAGUUUCAUUGCAGCCCCUGUCGAACACCUGAAAGCACGUCUACAAAUCCAAUACUCGAGUAAGAAAUCCGAACGUCUAUACAGCGGUCCCAUCGAUUGCGCACGUAAAAUUUACCGAUUUCACGGUAUCCCAGGCCUUUACCAUGGCCUUUCUGCUACACUUUUCUUCCGUUCCUUUUUCUUCUUUUGGUGGGGUUCUUACGACGUUUUCACACGUCUGUUGUCCGAAAAAACACAACUGAGUACCCCCGCCGUUAAUUUCUGGGCCGGCGGUCUCUCGGCACAGGUUUUCUGGAUGACGAGUUACCCGAGUGAUGUAGUCAAACAAAGAAUUAUGACGGAUCCACUAGCCGGUGGAUUGGGAGAUGGGGUGCGCAGAUUUCCCAAUUGGAAAAGUGCGGCGAAGGAGGUGUAUAGGGAGAGCGGUUGGAAAGGGUAUUGGAGAGGCUUCUUACCCUGUUUCUUGAGGGCUUUCCCCGCGAACGCGGUUGCGCUAGUCGCGUUUGAGGGCGUUAUGAGGGCGUUGCCUUGAUGUGUAUGCUCAUACGCAGCUGCAUAUGUUGUCCAGUGACGAGGAUUCCAGGGGUUAGGAAAGUCGUAGGAAAGAGUGUAAGAUAUUGUAUAGCGAGAGAUGGAAAGCAUGCAUGUAUGGCGUUAGGAAUUACAUAUCUAUUUUGCGGGAGAUAGACAGACAUCAUCUCCAAUCAACUAGAGGAACCGGAGGGAAGUUCAUUCAUCCCCAUAAUGAUUUAUAUGAGAGGUGUGGUAUAUGAGAUGCAUAGAUGGAAGAUAGGAAAGAAUACUGGUAGAAACAUGCUUGGAAGCAUGGCAGCAUAGCGACAUAUACGGAUAGGUCAGAUGGAUAUACGCCUUACAUCUUACUUUCCAUCUAUCUAUCUAUCUAUCGCUCGACAAACACAAAUAAAGUGUCACUGUCUAGCGCAGUCGUGCAGUGCAACAGUACAAAUUAGCGUUGGCAGAACUAGAAUGAGAAGGAGGUGUUAGAAGGAGAUGUGGGAAGGAGAUGUGAGAAAUAGAAGUAGAUGCAACUCAACUCAAAUCAAUCCAAAAUCAAAUCAAGAUUA